ACGCCGACAUCCGUUUCUUAACAUCUGAUUGGGUUUCACUCAAAGAUGAGGCGUGGUUUGGUUGUAGAGUGCUUGUGUACGGCAAAGGAUGGAGGAAUCCGAACCCGAAAGAAAGCGAGCUCGCAUGGACGAGACUACUGCUGCAGGAAGCCGCUCCGAGGCUGAGGAUGAGGACGACGAAGAAUACGUACCCUACGUGCCUUUGCGACAACGCCGGCAACUACUGCUCCAGAAGCUGCUGCAGCGAAGACGCAAGGGAGCUGCGGAAGAGGAACAGCAGGACUUCGGCAGCGAGCCCCGGGGAGAUGAGGACGACAUCCCGCUGGGCCCUCAGUCCAACGUCAGCCUCCUGGAUCAGCACCAGCACCUCAAAGAGAAGGCUGAAGCCCGCAAGGAGUCUGCGAAGGAGAAGCAGUUGAAAGAAGAAGAGAAGAUUCUGGAGAGUGUGGCUGAGGGCCGAGCCUUGAUGUCAGUGAAAGAGAUGGCCAAGGGCAUCACAUAUGAUGACCCAAUCAAAACCAGUUGGACCCCUCCCCGUUAUGUGCUGAGCAUGUCUGAAGAGCGGCACGAGCGAGUACGGAAGAAGUAUCACAUCUUGGUAGAAGGAGAUGGUAUCCCACCUCCCAUCAAGAGCUUCAAGGAAAUGAAGUUUCCAGCAGCCAUCCUUCGAGGCCUGAAAAAGAAAGGCAUCCUCCACCCAACACCCAUCCAGAUCCAGGGCAUCCCCACCAUUCUGUCUGGCCGGGACAUGAUUGGUAUCGCCUUCACCGGGUCAGGCAAGACACUUGUGUUCACGUUGCCUGUCAUCAUGUUCUGCCUGGAACAAGAGAAGCGGUUGCCUUUCUCUAAGCGUGAGGGGCCCUAUGGACUUAUCAUCUGCCCCUCACGGGAGCUGGCCCGGCAGACCCAUGGCAUCCUGGAAUAUUAUUGCCGCCUACUGCAGGAGGACAGUUCACCCCUCCUGCGCUGUGCACUCUGCAUUGGAGGCAUGUCUGUCAAAGAGCAGAUGGAGACCAUCCGACACGGUGUGCACAUGAUGGUGGCCACCCCUGGGCGCCUCAUGGAUUUGCUACAAAAGAAGAUGGUCAGCCUUGACAUCUGUCGCUACCUGGCCUUGGACGAGGCUGAUCGCAUGAUCGACAUGGGCUUCGAGGGCGACAUCCGCACCAUCUUCUCCUACUUUAAGGGUCAGCGGCAGACUCUACUCUUUAGUGCCACCAUGCCAAAGAAGAUUCAGAACUUUGCCAAGAGUGCCCUGGUAAAGCCUGUCACUAUCAAUGUGGGGCGUGCUGGGGCUGCCAGCCUGGAUGUCAUACAGGAGGUGGAAUAUGUGAAGGAGGAAGCUAAGAUGGUGUACCUGCUCGAGUGCCUACAGAAGACACCACCCCCUGUACUCAUCUUUGCAGAGAAGAAGGCAGAUGUAGAUGCCAUCCACGAAUACCUGCUGCUCAAAGGGGUCGAGGCUGUGGCCAUCCAUGGGGGCAAAGACCAGGAGGAACGGACCAAGGCCAUUGAAGCAUUUCGGGAGGGCAAGAAAGAUGUCCUAGUGGCCACAGAUGUUGCCUCCAAGGGCCUGGACUUCCCUGCCAUCCAGCACGUCAUCAAUUAUGACAUGCCUGAGGAAAUUGAGAAUUACGUGCACCGGAUCGGCCGUACUGGGCGCUCAGGAAACACUGGCAUUGCCACCACCUUCAUCAACAAGGCUUGCGAUGAGUCAGUGCUGAUGGACCUCAAGGCCCUCCUUUUAGAGGCAAAACAGAAGGUGCCGCCAGUGCUGCAAGUACUGCACUGUGGGGACGAGUCCAUGCUGGAUAUCGGAGGAGAGCGUGGCUGUGCCUUCUGCGGGGGCCUUGGCCAUCGGAUCACUGACUGUCCCAAACUCGAGGCCAUGCAGACCAAACAGGUCAGCAACAUCGGCCGCAAGGACUACCUGGCCCACAGCUCUAUGGACUUCUGAGCCAUCUGUUUCCCUUCCUUCCCUCCAAGAGGCCUCAGUGCCUGGACUUCUGCACAGACCAGCCCCUUGGACCAGAAGCCAGUGAGCGUUCUCAGCCCAGCUGGCCUGGGCUGCUCAUUGUGCUCCCCAGAAUUACUAUCUUUAUGCAUCCUCCACCCCGCAUCCCCCAGCUGCUAUUAAAGCACAGGCCCCUCUGUCUCAGCA